AUACAACAUUCCUUGUGAUCAGUGGAGGGGGUUGAAGCCACUGAGCACUCCAGGGCAUGAUAGUUGGUGGCAGAGACUCCAUGUAAGAGAGAGUUGAGGAAGUUCUGAGAUGCGUUUUGGUAACGUUUGGCGAAUAGGAUUUGUAUCAGGGUGCUUAUGAUCGCUCGUUCUGGAGCGCGAGAGAUUGCAUGGACAGAUUCAACAUCCCGGCGCCUUUGCCCGCAUGGUGUGUUCUUCCUAUGUAUGUCCAUAUGGCUUGUCACUCACACGCGCAGGCUACCAAGACCAGAUGUAGAGAAAGCAGUGGCAGUCCAUCGCGAAGAACCGUCCAGUCCCGGCAAGUGGCAAGGAACCUGUUGCAGUAUAUGUUCGCGCGACUGGUACGUCGACAGUGAAUAUGCCUGCGAGCUGAAGUGCGGGCACUGGCUUUGUCUCGAGUGUGUAACGGAGAUCGUGGACGAAGCCGGUAGAGGAAAUCUCAUGGACGGAGAGACAGACCCCGGACAGAAGUACUGGCGCUGCUCAGAAUGCCGCGACAUCAACCCCGUCCUCAAAGACCGCGCCGACAUUAUCCAACCCGAUGAACUGCAGUACUGGCGCUACAAGAUCGCAAAUCACCGCCUCAUCCACGAGAUCACCGAUUGGCUGUGGCGCAUGGAGCAGGCAGAGCUGGACGGAUGGUGUCCCGCACUCCCACCACACUUGAGCGACGAGCGCGCCAAUCCCGCCGACAUCAAAGAGGUACGCAAAGUCCACGUACACAUGCCCGACGCUGUGCAGGUCAUGGAAGCCGUGCCCAUCUACGUAGCCAGCCUCCUAAACUGGGGGUACAGCCUAGACAACCCGACGAACACGAAGGAGGCAGAUGUGCUGAAAGCGUGUCUUGUCGCGGAGUUGCAGCGGCUCGCGAGUUCGAAGCGGAAAUUCAAUUCCACGGAACUCGUUGAGCAUAUGAAAACGGUGGGUGAGAGGGCGUUUGUCCCGCAUGUCGUUUCUGCAUCGGAUCAGCGGCUCGGGAAUCCGAUUCUCCCGCCUGGGUAUGUGGCGUAUAGGGAGUUCCUUUGUAAGUGGACUGCUUUGGGGUGCUUUUUGAGUCCGUCCGGGAGGACUGAAGUGGUGGGCUUCAUGAGGGAAAUGGAGAAGAAUAAGAGCCAUGUGUGGUGGAAGGAUGUCAGGGAGGUCUUUUUUAAUCGCGGCGCUCCUGUGCAGUGAAGGUCGUUCUGUGGUCAGCGUCUGGAGUACAAGUCGUGUUGCCUUUUGUGUAAUCUCGAAAGUUUUCCUUGUUUGUAUCCAUCAGAGUUUGCUUGCUAUCUUCGCGGGUGCUGCAUGCAUAGGUCAAACCUCAGACAUCUUCUUGCAGUGCUAGUAACGACAAACUUCUCUUGAAAACGAGAUUUUGCGCCUGAGGGCGUUCCUCAGAAUCAGCUGCCAUAUCGCAAGCCACUGGUGAC